GGUUCCUGUUUUGUGUCCUGUUUUGGGUUAGGGUUAGUUCCUGUUUUGUGUCCAGUCUUUGUCUUGUCCUUACCUUUGUUAACGUGAGUACCCUGACCAGUGCCAGUCUUUCUUAGUAGCAUUGGCUUCUGAGUGUAGGUGGCAACCUACAGAUAUUACAGUUGGACUUACAAAAAUGCCUAUUAUAAUUCGUUAAACUUCUCUGUAAUCAAUGCAUCUGCAGUCGUAAUCCUGAAUGGAAGUUUUGUUAAAAUCUAGUAUUUUUCACCUCUUUACCAAGACACUGUAGCCUAAUGAUGGUACAUUGUGUUAGUUUGGAGUAUGUUAUUAGGCUGAAUGUAGGGGAAAGUGUAUUACAUGAGAAGGAAAUAAACAAACAAACAAAGAUUAGGGUGUGAUUUUCCAGAAAAUGAAAAUGGUGUUACCCAUAUAGAUGGUGUCACUAAAGGGUCAAUGACCUGAACGUCAGGUCACCUCAUAAAAGUAGAGGGCGCAUUGCGUAAUUUGUUAUGGAAAAUUAUCCCUAGUGAGCGGGCACUGUGAAGAUAAAUAAAAGUUAUCACAAUUAUUUUAUUAGUAGCCUAACACUGCAUUGCGAGAGCAGCUCUUUUGUGUUUUUCUGCAGACAGUGAGAACUUGGGUUGGACAUCUUUGAACAGUGCUAGUUCAUGACUAUACCAUAUCAAGCUUGAUUGUCUAUUCGCCUACCAUUUAGUUAGCUGACGAUUAGCAGCGUACGAUAUUUUGUGUUAACUGGGUUCAUAGGAAGAUUAGAUUGAUACUUUAUUGCUCCAGAAGUAAAUGAAGGAAGUGGCAAGCCACAUGACUAUGGAUAACAGUGUAUUUAUUCAAUAGAAAGUGCUUACAACAAAACGGUUGUAUGUGACGGUCAUUCAAAUCAGUAGUGUAGGGAAUGGAUGUGGGAUCAGUGCAAGUAUAGAGAAUCAUUACAAACUAUAAAGCAAACAGUGAUGAUGUUCCUGCUAGUAAUGGAGAUAAAACAUUUAAAGACACUUGUUAGACACAUAUAAGAACCGUAUAUGUGUUUAUACUCAUACAUAUAAUAUGGAUACUGUUAUAUGGAUGAAAGAAUUCUUUCAUCGCAAGAAAGUUGGAAUAAGAGCUUGUAUUUGUGUGGUUGUAUCAGGGUUCAAGUUAUCAAGUGAUCAAGUUAUUCAGGGAUACUUUAUGGGAAUACAGUAAAAGCUCCUGUGAUUCUAGAGGUUACCCCUUAUCUUGAAUAUGCGUUUCAAAAUGAAAGCUGGUGGAAAGUUGGCGUCCGUCACAGGGUUCUCACAGGGACAAGUUAUUCCUUAGGCUAGGCUACUUCUCAGCGUUAGAAAUACAAGAUGUUGUGAAAUGGACAAAUUGUAUGUGGACAAAGCCAACUUCAAUCCAUAAUUGCAUUCACUCUUUAUUAGGGUCCUCCGUCAGGCUAUUCCACUGAAUGGGUGACAUUUCUGUCCCCAGGACAUUAUAUGUAUAAAAAUGCAUGAAAAUUAACUCUAAAAUAAAUGUUCUUAUUAAGCAAAGUGUCCUGCACAUUAAGCUAAAUGCAAAUUUAAAAUUUAUAAUUAAAAACAUUCAUAAAAACUACAUAGAACACAAAAAAAUGCAUUUGUUGCAUGUCCCCCCUCUUUAUCGCUAUACUGCAUCAUGAAAUAUAAUGAUUAAAAACCUUCAGAAACCGUUGUGUGACUUUAUAUCCAAUCUAUGCUUUAAAAAAAUCAUCACGAGAAACCCAUAAUAUUUUAUAUAAAAUACACAUUUUAGUCGUGUCCCUAGGUUUUCACUCAGUCCUGUUACCCUAAAACAUUUUUCCCGCCAAAGACCCAUUUUCAACAGGAAGUUGAAUCAUCUGAAUCUUCUGAAGGCAAUGGGAAGACCAAAAGUAAGUCCUCUCAUUUUCUUUUCUGUAAAUUUGAUGAUAUUGCAGCUAUGUCUGAGAAGGUAAAUCUCAACGUACUGUCCUGUUACCUAAAUUAUUUGUUAUGUUAUUUGUUUAUUUUAAAUAUAUACAUUUUAGGUAAAUCACUAGAAUUUGCUCAGUAUCCUAAUGGUAUUAGCAUGUAUGCCAUGUGGCUACAUUGCAAAUCAUAACAGGACUGAGUAACAGUAACAGGAGUGAGUAGCAUCCUCUGGUGUAUGGAUGUAUUAGUGUGAAUAUUAGUUUAUGCAAUACAAUUUACUAAAUGUUUAAGUUUUACAGUUACUUAAGUUGUGCACGUAUCAGUUUUAUAAUGUGAACCAUGCUUACAGGGAGCCAAUCCACCACUAAGUGCUGCAGAAAAGCAGCGACUCUAUCGCACCCGACGCGAUGCAGACCCAGAGAGGAGACAGAAAUAUUUAGACAUAGAAUGCGAAAAAUACAGGGAGAACCUCGAGUCAGGCAGGAAGAAAUUGAUCAAUGACCUUAGUGAGAGAGUAAAGCGCAGAUGCCGCAGAAAGUGGAGGGAGACUUACCAUAGGACCAAGAACAGAAAAGAAGCCCUUCAACACCUUGUCACCCCUCCAGACAGCCUCCAGCUAUCACCAGAGCAAGCUGUACAUCCACAGCCAAGCACUUCAGGCAACAUAAUCAAGGGCAGAGAAGAAUUCGAAAAACACGAAAGAAGCUUCAUAAACAAAUACAAGAACUAAAGGUUCUGUUGAAAAAAGAAACACAACAAACACAAAAGUACAAUGUGACAAACCCUGACUGUCACUUAUUACGAAGGUCCACAGGACGCAGGCUAAUCAAAUGAAUGACUAUGCAGAGGCAGAUGUAUAGCAAAAUCCAGAACGGUUUAUUUAAUAAAUAUCUAGUCGCUGAUGUUGAAUGAGAUUACAGAACAAUAAUUCACACAUACAUUCACACACUGCCAUCAAAGUAGCUCCCCACCACGGUAUACAGGCCACGAGUAACCAGUAAACAGUCUGACAAACCAAUCCCCAAUGAAAGCAGCACUAUCUGGAUUAACACACUACAAAUCACUCCAUUUAAGUGAACUAACAGAAUCCAGAACAAUGUGAGUCAAGGCUCAAACACACUCGACACAAUAGUGUUUGGGGAUCUCAAAAACACACAAAAUGUCAGACAAUAAAUUCACUGGACCUAAUGUAUCCAGAGGGUGGUAACACCCAGGUGGCAGUUAACCAAAAAGGACACACAUUCAUACAAACAAAGGUAAACAAAAACCCAAAAGAAAUAUGUAUUGGUGGUUCUCUCACAACCUAUAAAUCCAAACAAAUUAAUGUAAGGGAAAACAGUGGUCAACCACUUCGCUAUGCGUGUCUUUCCUGCUAAAACACAAAAUACAUCAGGUUCAGACUGAUCUGAUACACAUUACACAUAAUAUUUACCAUAACAACCUUUACAUAAUUAAGAAAGAAAUACACAACUAAAACCCUAUACCUUAGUCAGGCUUCCCACACACAAACCUCAGCCAAUGCGCCAGCACACAAGCAACGCGCCGUCUGCAAUGACAGAUUUAAAUGUCGCGUUAACAAGCGCUUUUGUAAGCGCUACAUAAAAAAUAUAAAUCGAAACCUACCAGUGUUCUUCCAGCGACACACAACCACGGGCACCACGCGUCAAACAAUUCAAAACGACUUAGUUCAGGCGGAAACUGCGUAUUUAUACACCCCACCCAUUAGAGGGCGUGUGCCCAACGCGCUGCAAGUCAGCCCUACCACAAAAAGAAAAAACUCCAGCGCAUUAAAAAGAAAAAUGCAUCUCCACGCACAAAGGUGAACAAACAGUUGAGACAGCUUCCAAAUGUGGCCAUUCGUAAGACUCUUUUGUUUCAUGAAGCUCUGGUGGAGGAAAUCCGAAACAAGUACAAAAAUGCACAGGGGGAGAGAGAAAAGCAAAUUAUUUCAAAAGUGAUAAUAGGAUAAUGCAACGCUUUGCCCUAAAUUCAUUGGGCUUUUCAACUAAAAGAUGCAAAAAUGAGAAGAAUAAGGUCAACUACAUAUACCAACGGAAGCGGAACAACAGAGUUGCAGAUGGUCUGAUAAACAGAGUGAGGGAUUUUUACUCGAGGGAUGAUGUGAGUCGCAUCACAACUGGGAAGAGGCAGACCCUCACUCAGAAGAAAAGCAAAAAGCAAAAACGGUUCCUUUUGGAUACCAUGAGAAACUCAAUAAAAACUGCUGGAACAGCUCAACCUGCUGCUGCUCAGAAAAUUACCUCUGCAAGUACACACAGAAAUACAGGCAGUCCACUUCGGAGCAUCACAUCAGCAGGCAACCAUGCACACAGGUGUGCUUGCAAUGUGAAUGCAACCCCUCGCCUAAUGUGCUUCUGCACAGUGUCACCCUCAAGAACGAAGGGCCCACCAGCAAUCUGGCAGCAAUCUGGCAGCCACGGGAAGGGUGCCCCGGAUGGUGUGGGAGGGGCCCUGAAGAGGAGGGCUGACGGUCUAGUCAGCCAAGGAAGAGACAUUCCGGAUGCUGCUGAGCUGUUUUUUGUCAGCGAAGAAGCAGUUGAUAAAGCAGUUUCUGAGAUGCCCAAUGAUGUGCCACCAGUUCCAUCCACUAUGAGGAUCCAUCAGGUAGUGUCCCAAGCCCAUGGAGAACUGAUAUACAGGGACGUCAGCUGCUUGUGCACAGCAACACAAAAUCUGAACUGCCGGUGCUUUAAUGCAAAGCAUUUCAAGUUCAGCAGUAAGCAAACAGCUCCCAUGGCCCCCACAGUGACAGAAGUUCAGUGGCAAAGUCCUGAAGUUGUUGGCAAAUGGUGUGUGCUGAAGUACGAUGGUGAUAUGUACCCUGGUGUCAUCACAGAUACAAGUGAAAUACAUGUUGAGGUCCGUUUUAUGCAGAAGAUUGGGGUCAACAGAUUUUUCUGGCCAGCACGCGAUGACAUCCUUUGGUACUUGUUUGAGGACAUUGUGUGCAUCAUCCCACCCACACGUGCAGUCACAGGUCGUCACAUGGAAAUUGAGAGCGAAGUCUGAACCAAACUAGACGGCUUUUUAGAAAAGAUGAAGAUGAAGAGAACCCAGGAGUCAGACACACCCACCAUGGCCUGCUGAUGGGGAAGAGUGGCUCUCCAUUCUCUCUGUUUCUCCUUCUCACUCUUUCCAUCCCCCUGCUUAGGUCGCUGCCCCCGCAACCCGAUCCCCGGACAAGCGGUAGAUGACGGACGGACUCUUUCCAUCUUUUUUGCUGUGACAAGCACAUUCCUCCAAAAUCUCUCUCACACACAUAAACUAUGCACACUCACAGACAUAAACAAACUCUCUCACACACACACACUAACGCACAUUCCUGUUACACAACGUUCAUUCCUGUUACGCAAUGUUUAAUUCCUGUUACGCAAUGUUUCAUUCCUGUUAUUAAAUUGUUUUUCUUAUCCAAUAGUUAAUUAAUUAAAUGAUAAAAAAAUAAAAAACUUCAGGUUUGGUUUUCCUUUCAAAUGAAAAAGUGGCUUAGCAUUUAUUUAUUUUUACACCUUGUGUGCAUAUAUAGUGAUUUCUUUGGACAAAAAUACAUUAUUUAAAACUGCAAAAAAAACUCUUUAAAAUAAACACUUUUGUAAGAGGAAAACAAAGAAAUGAGUUGGCAUCGCGUUUAAACUUGCUUUUUAAAAGACACAUGAGUUUUGGUAACAGGACUGAGAAAAAUGCAUCCAUCUCCCGCUUUAAAACAUUGUAAAAAACAAUGUAAAAAAUAAUGUUACCCGAGAUUAACCGAUUUACAUUGUGAACAGUGAAAUGUGUGUGUUAU